UUCAAGUUCUCAUCAAAGAGGCCAACAGUUAUUUUGUCAUCAAGCAAACAAAUUAAACUCAAUGGCCUCUUCCCAGCUCUUUAUUAUCUUUUCCAUUCUAGCAAUUUUCGUCCCUUUGAUUGUGGCCAAAGAUUAUGUGGUUGGUGACAAAGCAGGUUGGACAAUUGAAGUUGAUUAUGAAGCUUGGGCAAAGGGAAAAAAAUUUUCUGUUGGUGACAGACUCCUUUUUUUAUAUCCAAAAGGAUCCCACAGUGUGGUUGAAGUGGAAGAGAAAGACUUUAAUAGAUGUAAAGCUCCUGCUGACGGUAAGGAAUUAACGAGUGGAGAGGAUGUGAUCAAGCUUGAUGCCCCAGGAAAGAAAUAUUUCUUUUGCAAUGUUGGUAGACAUUGUCAAAUGGGGAACCAGAAGGUUGCUAUAAAUGUGGAAUCAUCUUCAUCUUCAUCUUCAUCUUCCUCUACUCCUAGCCCAAGCCCGAGUGAAUCCAGCCCAAGUGCCUCAAGCUCAGCACCCUCAAGCCCAGAGCUCUCAAGCCCAAGUAAUUCAAGCCCACCUGCUUCCCCCAGCCCAGCAGCCCCAAGCCCUAGUACCUCUGGAGCAACGAUCGGAGAAAGAUACGGGUGGAUGUUAAUUAUGGUCGGUAUUAUAGGGUUUCUCAUUGGGAGUGAAUAAUUUGGGAUAUUUGUAACAUGGGAACAUGUAAUGUAAUGAAAUUUUUGGGUUUGUUUGGAAUUGCUUCCUAGAGCGCCAGAAGUGUUUUUGAAUUAAUAUAAAAAAUCAGUUAUAAAUAUAAAAAUAUUAUAAAAUAUAUAUAAAAUGUCGCUUGAACAAUUUUGAAAGCA